CACUGUAACUUUUUUUUUUCUUUGCGAAAGCCCAGGAUUGGCUUUCCUCAUCUUCUGAGUCUUCCUCCAUACAGGAUCCAGACUCUGAGCCUCCCUGGGCCUCUUCCCCUUCCCUGGACCUGCUGUCCCUUUCUUGGCCUGAAGCUCUCCUGAAUUGUUUCUUAAUUCUCUUUUCAGAUGAGGCACUUUUAAAAGGUCAUCCUCAUCCCCAAUUUCAAAAUCACUCCCACUGUUCCUUCCACCACCGCCACCAUUUCCUGCACUCCUUUUCCUCUGUUUUGUAUUUUUCUUUUCUUCCCGUCUCCUCCUGCCCUCCCACACCCACCUGACUGUACUGUUCUUCCUCACCUGCCUCCUCCUGCACCUCUACCUGUUCUUCCUGUUUCUCCUCACCUGCCUCUUCCUGCACCUCCACCUCUACCUGCUUCCCUUGUUCCUCACCUGCCUCCUCCUGCACCUCCACCUGUUCUUCCUGUUUCUCCUCACCUACCUCCUUCUAAACCUCCACCCGUCCCUUCUGUCUCUCCUCACUUUCCUCCCCCUGUACCCCCACCUCCACCUGCCUCUGCUUUUCCUCACCUAUCUCCUCCUUUACCUCCACCUCCAUCUGUCCCUCCUGUUUCUCACAUUCCUCCUCCUGUCCCUCCACCUCCACCCAUUUUCUCUGUUGCUCCUCCACUGUCUCCUUCUGCGCCUCCACUUCCACAUGUCUUUACUUCUGACCAUCACCUGUCUUGUCAGUGUCCUUCCCUGGACAGGCCCUGAUCAAAUAUCCCUCUUUUCCGCAUCCAAAACAUUUGGUGAAGUCAGAAGAGACAAAGAUCACACAUUCAAAGUCCUCCACCCUGAUCUUGAAUGCCAGGCUCAGGUCUUGGCUCCUGUUGUUCAAGAUCAUGAGGACAUUUCACCUAUGAGACACCACAUGCUUCAACAACGGAGACUUACAUCCCAAUGGCACUUGACAGAUGGAUGAAACUUUUUUUGCCAUGGCGGGAAAGCGCUUUCACCAAUGUCUCAUCUCUAAUGAAACAUGGAAACGAAAGCGUCAUUCACCUUGGUGCCCUGCUCUGCCUUACUAAAUAUUUAAAACUAGCUUCAGUAUCUGGUUGCAGUCUGUAGACAAACGGCAGUCAGGAAUAGCAAUGGCCCAGCUUGUGUCUUCACUUGGCCUGUUCUGUCAGGUCAAUACAAUUCCCUGCCUGGUUCUGUGCUACAUGCUCUAUAUUGUGCUGGGAGGUGUGGUGUUUACAGCUGUGGAGAAGCCAGUAGAGAAGGGGCUGAGGGCUGAGGUGGAGGAGCUGCAUCGUUCCUUCCUGCAGGAGAACCCGUGUGUACAGGAGAGCCGGCUAAGAGAGCUGCUGGGUAAAGCUCUGUCUGCUCACCAGAGAGAUGUUGCUGUCCUGAAGGAUGAAGCUGAGGAGAGGCGCUAUGAUUUCAUAUCAUCACUUUACUUUGUCAUCGUCAGUCUGACCACCACAGGCUCUGACUCUUACACCUUGAGAUCAGAUGAGGCCAAGCUCUUCUAUAUCUUCUACUGCACUCUGGGUGUUCCCCUCACCCUGUUCCUCCUCACCCUCCUCUCCAACCUCCUCCUCCCUGUCGUCACCCACGCUCCUAUCCACCACCUGCACACUUACUGGGGUCUGCCCUACACCCAGGCUGUCCUCAUCCACGCCAGCAUCUUCUCGGUGCUCGUCGUCUCCCUCCUCUUCCUCCUCCCUGCCCUCCUGGUCUGUGUGGUGGAGCCAGACUGGAGCUUCCUGGAUGCUCUGUUCUGCUGCUUCAUCAUCCUGAGCACCGUUGGUCAGGGAGGAAACUCUCUGGGGAGAACCUGGGGCCCAAUGGUCAAGGAGACACUUGAACUCCUCACCACAUGUUACCUGCUGGUGGGCAUAGUUAUGAUCAUUACCUUAAAGGAUACUUUUUCGCAGGUUCCCUGGGUCUGUGCGGUGAUAAGACUCUUCUCUGGUCCACAGUAUGCAGAGCUGGAAGGUGUCCAUCUGGACGAACUGACAAUGAGUCAAGACUACGCUGAGGAGGAGCCUCAGUACUCCCAGUCCAUCUGCACCAUCUCCUUCGCUCCAUUAGAGCUUCCGAGUCCCUGUUCAGCCCUGCCUGCUGACAUCAAGUAUCACAAAACCACAACCUAAACCUUGAAACCUGACUUAACUUUCACUUCUGUUCACAACCCACCAGCUGCUGGCUUAAAUGUAAAUGUUAAAUAGCAUGUGUUUAUAUAGAGUUUCUCUACUGUUAGUGACUGCUCAAGUCAGCAUCCACCCAUUCACACACUCUAUCAUACACACAAUCAUACACCCAUUCGCACACGCAGUCAUACACACAUUGAAACACACAAUCACAUAUACACAAUACACACGUUCACAUACUGGUAGCAGAGACUUCUAUGUUCGGUGUCACCAUUCAUACACACUGACACACACCGAUGGAAGAGCCCAUGGAAGCAGUUAAGGACACUUCAAUAUAUGGGCUACAGGGGCCCUGAAUCGAACCACCAACCCUCCUACUGCUAUUUUACCUCCUGAAACAGAGCCCCAGUGUUAAUAAUCAAAUACUUAGUGCAAUCCACUUCAGUCCAAUUUUGUAUAAUUUUACUGAGUCAAAUAUAUUUCACCUUUCACCAUUCACUCUAUUUCUAGCUCACUUGUUCCUGUGAAAACUACCUGUAUCUAACUGCUCAACAGUCUACUGUGUUCUCCAGCUAGUCAUUAAGUGUGUCUGUCUACUAUUUGGUGGUGAAAAAGAAGUAUUUAUCAGAACUUAUUUACUGAAAAGCUACUCUAAUAAAAAUGAGUGCGAACAGAAAGAGAAGAAGCUUAAAGGCUCUGUUCUAGUUAAGGGCAUCUGCAGAGUGGCUGAUAAUAACCUCCAUCAAGGGGUUCAUGUUGUCACCAAUGUCUGUUUAUUUGUUGGCUUGUCAGCAGCAUUAGAUGUGAUCUACUGAAGAGGUUUCUACAAAAUUUGGAUGGAGGAUGGGUCUCAGCCCAUGAUAGACCCUGUGAAAUUUUGGUGUGGAUCUGCAUAAAGACACAAAUCCAGUAGUUUUCUAACUUUGAGCAUUGUGAGGUGUUUUCUUCUGCAUUUUUGUUCAUUUCUCAUGAAAUAAUGCAUGGAUUUUGUCAAUGUGAGUGAGAUAGUUAUUUUAUCCUGUGUUCAUUAAAAAAUAUUAGUGCAGCCUUAAA